AUCAUCAUCAAAUGAAUCUAAUAAUCAACAACAACAACAACAAUCAUCAUUAUUAUUGAAAAAUGGUUAUAUUGUAGCAUCGAAUGAAAUGUGUUUUUUUUGUUUUGAUGUAUUAUAUGCACAUCUUUAUCAGAAAACAUCACCUGGACGUCCAAAUUUUGCAAAUAAUUCUUAUCCAUUAUUUGUAACAUGGAAAAUUGGUAAUGAUCGUCGUUUACGUGGAUGUAUAGGUACAUUUAAUUCAAUACCAUUACAUUCUGGUUUACGUGAUUAUGCCUUAACAAGUGCCCUACGUGAUCAUCGUUUUGAUCCAAUUACAAAAGAUGAAUUAACAAAUCUACAUGUUAGUGUAUCGGUUUUAAUAAAUUUUGAACAAGCCAUUGAUUAUAAAGAUUGGAUUAUCGGUAUACAUGGUAUACGUAUUGAAUUUCGUUUGGAUAGUGGUUCAAAACGUACGGCAACAUUUUUACCUGAAGUUGCAUCCGAACAAAAUUGGAAUCAUUCACAAACAAUCGAUGCAUUAUUACGUAAAGGUGGUUUUCGUGGUCAGAUUUCUGAACAAGUGCGUAAAGAUGUACGUUUAACACGUUAUCAAUCGGAAAAGAUUACUAUUUCAUAUCAAGAUUAUUAUAAUAAUUUUAUGGCCAAUAAUAAUAAUAUAAGCAUCAAUAAUUGAUUAAGCCAUUCAAAAAAAAA